AAAUUCUAAUACAGCAAUCGGAAGGAUGACUUGUACGGGGCUCGUGAUCAACGGAGAAGAAAACGCAUCCAUUCUCUCCUUCUUCACUGCACAGAAUCUCAGUCAAAGCUUUCUAUCGCUGUGAAGAGAACUAAAGUUCCUGCUUGAUCGGAUCAGAUAUUAACUCUGGUUUCCCAAUGACGAUCAUCUCCUUUUUUAAGAGAGCUUCGCAAGCUUUCCAUGGAUGCUCUUCUUACACUAAGCUUCUCAUUCUCUUCACUACUUUUAGCAGUAGUGGAGGUAUAGUGGCUUAUUCUGAGUCACAGUCAGAAAUCAACAACACACCCCCUGCUGAGUUUAAUCGAAAUGAGCGCAAAAAGAAGAGAGUAGUGGUUCUGGGAACAGGAUGGGCUGGUAUUAGUUUCCUUAAAAAUCUGGAUGUUUCUUCAUAUGAUGUUCAAGUUGUUUCACCCCGGAAUUAUUUUGCAUUCACCCCUCUGUUACCCAGUGUCACCUGUGGAACAGUUGAAGCUCGAAGCAUUGCAGAGCCAGUUCGAAAUAUUAUAAAGAAGAGAAAUGGAGAAAUUCAAUUUUGGGAGGCAGAAUGUGUCAAGAUUGAUGCUGCAAACAACAAAGUUUUCUGCAAGCCCAAUUUUGGGAGCAGUGUGGUUGGGACUGAAGAUUUUUCUCUGGAAUAUGACUAUUUAGUUAUUGCAGUGGGAGCCCAAGUAAACACUUUCAACACCCCUGGUGUCAUGGAGAACUGCCAUUUUCUUAAGGACUUGGAAGAUGCUCAGAAGCUCCGAAGGAGUGUGAUUGAUUGUUUUGAAAAGGCUGCUCUUCCUAACCUAACUGAAGAAGAGCGUAGAAUAAACCUUCAUUUUGUAGUUGUUGGAGGAGGUCCUACUGGUGUGGAGUUUGCUGCAGAGCUGCAUGACUUUCUGCAAGAAGAUUUAGUCAAUAUUUAUCCAAUGGUUAAAGAUCUAGUGAAAAUAACUGUGAUCCAAUCUGGAGAUCACAUUUUGAACAUGUUUGAUGAGAGAAUCAGUUCGUUUGCUGAACAGAAGUUUCAAAGGGAUGGUAUUGAAGUUAAAACAGGAUGCCGAGUUCUUAGUGUUUCUGAUAAAGAAAUCACCAUGAAGGUGAAAUCCAAGGGAGAAGUUUGCUCCAUACCACAUGGAUUGGUUGUAUGGUCUACCGGAGUUAACACUCGCCCAGUUGUGAGGGAUUUCAUGGAGCAAAUUGGGCAGGCCAAUAGACGUGCUCUUGCAACUAAUGAAUGGCUGCGAGUAAAGGGAUGCGAAAAUGUAUAUGCACUUGGAGAUUGUGCUACAAUAGAUCAACGAAAGGUCAUGGAAGAUAUUGGGGCCAUUUUUAAAGCUGCAGACAAAGACAACUCUGGUACCUUGACUGUUCAAGAAUUUCGAGACAUAAUAGAUGACAUCCUCAUAAGGUACCCUCAAGUGGGACUGUAUUUAAGAAACAAGCAUCUGAUAGAUGUUGCAGAUUUGCUGAAAGAUCCUGAGGGGAAUGACAGAAAGGAAGUGGAUAUUGAAGGGCUUAAGCAAGCCCUUUCCCAUGUGGAUUCACUGACGAAAAGCUUGCCUGCAACUGCACAGGUUGCUGCUCAACAAGGUACAUAUCUUUCUAGGUGCUUCAACCGUAUGGAGGAAUGCAAAGAUAAUCCUGAAGGCCCUCGACGUUUUAGAGGUUCUGGGCGUCACCAUUUCCGUCCCUUCGAGUACAAACAUUUUGGACAAUUUGCCCCUUUGGGAGGCGAGCAGGCUGCUGCAGAACUGCCUGGAGAUUGGGUUUCCAUGGGUCAUAGCACUCAGUGGCUCUGGUAUUCUGUAUAUGCAAGCAAGCAAGUUAGCUGGCGCACAAGGGUGUUGGUGGUCUCUGAUUGGACUCGGAGAUUUAUUUUUGGAAGAGAUUCAAGCCGUAUUUGAGGCAUUAAAUUGGUGACUCUUGUAAAUGUCUCAAGUUACACUAGUUUUUGCUAAUCAAUUGCAUGGUUAGCACCUAUUGGGAAUAUAUAUCUCUAUCAUGUAUGAUUUUUAUCUUAUUUUUUUCCUUGUAAAUUCAGAGAAUACACUUUCUUUGCUGGUACGCUUGAUGUGUUGAUAUGGCUUUCCAAUUUACUAGCUGAUUUAUGAAUGAGCAAGAAACUAAAUGUGCCACAGAUUUCUAUAA